AUGGCGGCUGUCACGGAAAUUCCUGUCGUUCCUCCUCCACUUCCCCCGACAUGGACCCCGCAGGAUGAUACGAAGCCAAUUUCUCCUUUUGUCGAGCGAAGACUUCUCCCAGCCGGUCCAGCGUAUCUGUCGCAUAUUCGACGCGCAGUGCAUAACCUUACAUUCGAAGAGCUGGACAAACAUGCCGAGGAUGAGCAGAAGCGGCUGCAAGCACUCAAUGGUACCGGGGCUAACGGCGACGAUGAUCUGGGCAUCGGCGAUGAGGAUGAGACGGAGGAUCUGUUGCAGUUGGAUCCCAAGGAGUGGAAGAAACAAGAUCACUACGCUGUCCUUGGGCUUUCACAUUUGCGGUUCCGAGCUACAGACGACCAGAUUAAGAUUGCGCACCGUAAGAAGGUCCUAAAACACCACCCUGACAAGAAGGCCGGACUCGCGGGUGACUCUAACGACGAUGCUUUCUUCAAGUGCAUCCAGAAAGCGAUGGAAGUACUGACAAAUCCGGAGCGCCGGCGACAAUUCGACUCCGUUGACCCAUAUUACGACCUCCUCGAGGCAGACGUACCCACGGCGGCACAGAUGAAAAAUGCCAAGGACCCGCAGACGUUCUUCCAGGCGUUCUCACCUGUCUUUGAGCGUGAAGCGCGGUUCAGCCGGAAGCAGCCUGUGCCAUUGCUCGGUGCUUAUGACAACUCGCAGGAGGCUGUGGAGGGGUUCUACGAUUUCUGGUACAAUUUCGACAGCUGGCGGAGCUUUGAGUACCUGGACAAGGAAGUGAAUGAGGGCAGUGAUAACCGAGACGAUAAACGGUAUACGGAAAAGAAAAACAAAUCGGAGCGUGCUCGCCGCAAGAAGGAAGACACUGCUCGCUUGCGCAGUCUGGUAGACUUCGCACUCAGCGUUGACCCUCGGAUCAAGCGAAUUAAGCAGGAACAGAAGGAGGCGAGGGAGGCCAAGAAGAAGCACAAGGGAGGUGCGAACGGCGUGAGCCAGAAGCAGAAGGAGGAGGAAGAGAAGAAGAUGGCGGAGGAGAUGGCCAAGCUCAGGGAGGAGGAAGAGAAGGCUGCUCGUGCAGAAGCCAAAAAGGCGAAAGCCGCUGCGGCGAAUGCUGCGAAAAAGGCCAGACGACAGCAACGUGCCGAGGGAGCGGCGGUCUGA